GGAGGGUAAAGUUAAUUCGGUUAUCGUCCCAGGCCCAGCUGCUGAACUUCAAUCGGUGAACACACAAAAGUGGAUGUUUCUGAAGACACGAUUCUUCCGUCCGCCGGCCACCCUCCGCCUCCGCAUCGCAAAUCCGACGGUGAACAAACCAAGAUGAUUUCUGGGGAUGGAAUUCCACGUUGGAGUGUUUAUGAUAGUCUCAAGAUUAUACCCUUAAAGCCGGAUGCUUUAAUGGCCGAGAUCAAUUCCGCUAUUUCUUCUCUAGAGUAUGCCAAGGCUAUGAAGCUCCUGAAUUCUCCAGCUCUUGUUUCCAAGGACAAGAAGAACGUCGAUGAUGGAAACCCUAAUUCUUUGUACAGUGCACGAAAGGCGGAUGAAGCUUAUAAAGCCGGAUUGGCAUCCUUGGCUGCAGGUAACCUUGAGGAGGCUUUUCGCUCCUUGAAUGUGGCUCUCUCCAAAUGUCCGCCCAAUAAGACGUCUGCUGUUGCUAAGCUUCGAUCUCUCAUUUCUCUCACGGCUCAACGGCUUCGAAAAUCUCCGGGAUGACUCAGGUUUGGUCCCUUUUUAGUGCAGCUGUUUGGAUUAAGUUCCAUUCAAAAAUUAACUUGACAUUGGCUAUAGGUCCAUAUUUGUUUAAUGUUUGUAUAGUCUUGUAGCACCAAAAAGCCAUCAAACUGCUUCAAGUUUUAUAUAGCAAUUCUUGAAAUUGCAAAA